AUGAAUAAGAAAAAGGUUAUAACAUUUGGGAAAAUCACCAAGGAUUUAAAUCAGCCUCCUCAGAGUACAGAAAAUAUAAGCACUGGAUUUGGCACAUUCGGUAAGAAAUUACCAGAAACAAAUGUAAUUAAAAUGAAUGAAAUCAGACCAGAAGAUGAAGAAGAGACUCAGAAUCUAAAGGAGGUUAUGGGUAUAACGGGUUUUGGUAAAAAGGCUAAAUCAUUUGAUGUACAAGAAAUGUUAGAGAACAUUACAAAAACCAUUCAUAGUACUAAAGUUGCUGCCACUGAGAAAGAUAAGGACUCAUCAGAAAUUAUUGAUAAAUCCUCAGAAGAAGAAUCUACAAAUACCCAUAAAGAUGACAGUGAUGAUGAUGAUGAUGAUGAUGAAAGUUUCAUUGGACCUCCACUACCUUCUGAUCUCCAAGGUACAUCAGGCUCAGCAAAAAUAUCAAAAUCAAAAGAAAAUGAAAACGAUAGUGACGAGGAUGAUGAUGAAUCUGACACAGAAGAAUCACAAUUGAGAGAUAAAAUUCCAUGUACUCACGAAGUCACAAUGACUCAUGGCACAAAGGCAGUGACUGCUAUUGCAGCAGAUCCAUCCGGAGCAAGAUUAGCAUCUGGUUCCAUUGAUUACGAUCUUUGUUUCUGGGAUUUUGCUGGUAUGGACUCAACCAUGAAGAGUUUUAGGACAUUACAACCUUGUGAAAACCAUCCUAUCAAAUGUUUACAAUACUCUAUGACUGGUGAUGUUAUACUAGUUAUUUCAGGCUCUGCACAAGCAAAAGUUUUAGAUCGGGAUGGUUUUGAAAAGUGUGAAACAGUCAAAGGAGAUCAGUACAUAACAGACAUGGCACGCACAAAAGGUCACACAGCAGGAUUAAAUUGCGGGAGUUGGCAUCCAUUUACAAAAGAGGAAUAUUUAACCUGUUCGCAAGACAGCACCUGUAGGAUAUGGAUUUUGUACAGACCACGUGCUCACAAGUAUCUAAUAAAAUGCAGAGCGCAAAAUGGAGUCAAAACCAUACCAACUACGUGCGCCUAUAGCCGUGAAGGCACAGUAGUCGCUUGCGGUUGCGUAGACGGCUCUAUACAAAUGUGGGAUCAUAGAAAGAACUUCGUGAAUCCAUCGUUGAUUCAGAGAAACGCGCACGCACAAGGCUCGGAAAUAUCGAGUUUGAGUUUUUCUUAUCUCGGACACAUGUUGGCAACUAGGAGCUGCGACGACACAUUGAAACUUUGGGACUUAAGAUCGUUCAAGUCACCAGUCUUCGAAGCAAAGAAUCUAUAUUCUCGGUACGACACGACUGACUGUAUGUUUAAUCCGGACGAUUCGAUUCUGAUCACAGGAGAAUCCUUGAAUAAAGGUCAAAGCACUGGUAGAGUAUUGUUUUAUGAUACGAAAACUUUUGAGCUGAUUAAUGAAAUAAGUGUAACAAAUUCACACGUUAUUAAAACGUUAUGGCACCCGAAAUUGAAUCAAGUAUUCGUUGGCUGUGGAAAUGGAAUAGUUAAAGUAUACUAUGAUUCGAAGAAGAGCUUGAGAGGUGCAAAAUUAUGUAUCGUAAAGACGCAUCUUAAGCAAAAACACAUUGAGGUGAUGUCAACCCAACAGAUCAUAACACCGCACGCCCUUCCAUUGUUCAGGCAAGACAGACCUAAGUCGGUUCGUAAACAAAUGGAGAAAGAUCGUUUGGAUCCGGUUAAAUCGAGAAGACCUGACUUGCCAAUCACUUCCGGUCAAGGUGGAAGAGUUGCUUCCUCCGGAGGAACCCUUAGUUCUUAUGUAAUUCGAAACUUAGGUCUAAGUAAAAGAAUAGAAGACGAUCAAGACCCUCGAGAGGCAAUCUUGAAAUACGCAAAACAGGCGGAGGAGAAUCCUUAUUGGAUUGCUCCGGCAUAUAAGAAGACUCAACCGACAACAAUUUUCCAAACAGAUGAUCCGGACGGAGCACCAAACGCAAAGAAACCAAAAACUUGA